CGUUUUACUGCAGCUUCUCCCAACUUAGGUCUCUUUGGUACUAUAUAACAAUUUCUCCUCAAAUUAAGCCUCCUACUCCUUUCGUUGGAAAAUUUGUAUGCCUGUUUGUGGAAAAAAAAUCAGAGAAGAACAAUGUCAGUUUAUCUCCAUGAAGAAGUUGUGGUCGAAAUCUUGAAGAGACUACCGGUCAAAUCUGUAUUGAAAUUCAAAUGUGUGUGCAGAUCAUGGUAUGCUCUCAUCACAAACCCUAAUUUCAUUUCUCUUCACUUAGCUCACGCUGCUGAAUCCAACACAACCUUCUCACUUGUCAUGAAGUAUAAACAACUCGAUUCUAAGAAACCAGAAUUUGUGCUGCACAGUGAUAAUGACUCAUUUAGUGAGUAUAGACAACUCGAUUUGCAUUCAUUUAAUGAGUGUGGAAAUGAUGUUUGGAUAGUUGGUUCAUGUGAUGGUUUGAUUUGUUUGUGCGAUACAAAAUUUAAGCGCCUGAUUGUAUGGAAUCCGGCAAUUGGAGAGUUUAUUACAACAUCUUUAAGUACGAUUUGCAAUGGGCCUUAUCACAUUCUUGGAAUCGGGUUUGAUAGAAAGAACAAUUCCUACAAAGUGAUGAGAAUUGUUUUUGCUUGGAAUGAUACAACUUUCUUACCAUUUGCUGAGAUUUUUCAACUUAGCUCCAAUUCAUGGAAGACCGUUCCAAUUAAGAAUCUACGUUAUGAUUUCUAUGGUUCUCUUAUUGAGUGGAAUGGUGUUUUCCAUCGGUUUGCAGAUACACACGAUGGCAGGAAAAAAAUGAUAGCGUCGUUUGAUUUGAGCAAUGAAGUAUUUCAAGAGAUGAUGCUCCCUCAUGCGCUAGCUACCAUAGACAACUGUUAUCUUUCUUUAACAGUGUACAGCCGAUCAUUGGCUGCUAUACACUAUGAAGAUCGGAUACGGAACACUUGUAAUUUAACAUGUUCGAUUUGGGUCAUGAAAGAGUAUGGCGAAGCGGAAUCUUGGACUAAACAAGUUACCGUAGAUUUUAAAGAUCAUGGAGGCCUCAAGCCGGUGCUAAGCUUUCAAGGAAAUGGUGGCAUUCUUGUUGAGAAUCGUGAUGACGAGUUAGCUUCUUAUGACCCCGAGACACAAAGGGUCACCCCUCUUGGAGUUUCUGGACGUGUCUUGGAUGACUAUUCUUACGUGGAGAGUCUUGUUCUAGUCAAGGGAAAAAGGAACAAAAAUAAUCAAGGUUAGAGCAGGCAGAGAAGAGUAAGACUGAAUUUUGAGCAAUCUAGUCUCAAAAUAUACUGCUAAUCAGGUUUAACUGUAUCUAUUUUUGUUAUUUUGCUAUUGCUUUCUUUGAUUACGAAACUAAAACAAGCAUAAACUGCUAAUUUAGCCGUGCUUUUGAUUAACUUUAUGAUAUUUAUGUAACUGAAAAUUCGGGAUUGGGGAUAAAUGUGUGUGCGCAACAUGUAUAGCUAAUGUGAGAAAUGGCUGCAAAGUGAUCAAGUUUUUUAUGAUUCAAAAACUUUUGGUGCUUAUGCUUACUUGAA